AUCCAGCCAUACAGAUAACGCCAAAAACACCUGGUUUCAAUGCAAGUCCUACCGCAAAUGACGUCAUACACUGUGCAGUAUUCGUUUUGGAUGCCAGCACACUGGAGAUCUUGACACCAAAAAUCUUAGAAAAAAUGAAAGCAUUUCAAAGUAUAAUGAAUCAGAAAGAAAUACCACAACUUAUCCUUCUUACAAAGGUAGAUAAACUCUGUAAAGAAGUCGGAGAAGAUGUGUCAUUGGUCUUUAAGAGUCCGGAAGUGGAGCAGCAUGUGGAAAAGGCCUCGCAACUCCUUGGCCUUCCACCUGCAAACGUUCUUCCCGUAAAGAAUUACCAUAAUGAAGACGAGCUCGAUGAAAGUAUUAGUAUACUGGCAUUGUUGGCUUUGCGCAAAAUUUUGAAUUUUGCCGAAGAUUUUCUGGACCAUAUGUUUGAUAAAAAAGAAGAUGAAGAAAAAGGAAUGGAAAAGCUUAAAUCUGAAAAAUGUUUUAAAUUCAAAAUUUUACCAUUUUCAUGUCUAAAAGUUGAAAUCUGCCGAAGCCGGUACCAGUACCGUCCAUAA